CAAGUCGUAACAGAUUAUUUACCUGUGCAAGGUUCCUCGGUACCAUGUGAACGAGCAUUUUCGGACGCAGGACUUACAGAUACAAAACGGUGUGCAAGAUUGCUUCCCGAGAACUUUGGCGACAUUCAGACAGUGAAAGGCAGAUACAAG